GCGGGCGGCGGCCAUGGCGUACCUCCCUCCCCACAAGCGCCAACCCAGCACCACAGCCUCCACGCCCAUCCCCGCACCCAACCCGCCACCUCCGUCCCUCUCCUCCUCCCUUCGCUCCCUCUCCCUCUCCUCCCCGCGCGGCCGCGGCCGCGGCGCAGUCGGACGCCACCCGCUCGCUUCUACAAAGAUUUUCCGCGCUGCCGGCUGCAUCUCCCGUUGGUUCCCUCUACCUCCCUUCUCCCCUGCCGGCGACGGCGAGGAGUACACCCUACGCCUCGAGCCCUUCCCUUGUUCCCCCAUCGAGCACAGGACCGGCGCCAAACCCCUUGCCCUUGUCGUCGCCUCCACCCCAGGACAAGGCUCUUCCGGCUCCACUGCGGCGGCAGUCACCUCCAUCGCCGAGCAGUUUCUUCCCGAUCUCCUUGCCGCCGCGGAGAGGGCCAAGGCAGAAGGCGCGCCUAAGGAUGAGUUGGUGAAACUGAGUCUCGUUGCAAGACUGGGAACGGUGCUCUUCGAGUGCCAGCCAAUUCGACGAUUCAUCGUGAAUUAUGUAUUCAGAGGUGGAUCGCCCGUUUCACUGGACGAACUCCGCCAGGCCGCUAAAGCAGGGGAAGAUGGUUCCAGGAGCCAGUUGCGUAAAACGUUCUACACCAGUUUGUCUAGUGAGUGUCUGGAUGAUAUGGAGCGAACCAUGGUGAAGAGGAUUGGGCUGGAUUUUGAUUCGUCCAAGAAGCACUAUCAUGUGAAGGUUUCUGAUAAGAAUCGAAGUGAUUCUACAAUAUCUUGCAAAUGCACCGUGGAGGAAGAUGGGAGUCUUGCUAUCCAUAAGGUUGAAUUGAAUCAGGUACGGCACUUGGUGGAAGACAUAUCCUGUCUUUUCAAAGGUCUUGAUCUAAGGUUGAUGUUGAGUAAGAAAAGGAUCCUGAAAAACCUAGAUUCUGAAGUGGAAAAUGCUGUAAAGAGCUUGGUGUCUACUGCUAUUAUUGAUCCUAAUGUGAAAGGGGGAGUUAGAUGGCCACUUGGAAAGGAAUCAAUUGGCGAGAGGUUCAGCAUAGUUGGGGUGUGGCACACGGGCUACAAAGCUUUCAGAAACGAGACCAUGAGGCUCAAGCUAAGGCAUGCUGACAGAUUCGAUCACCGUACCUCGACUGGGGGAGUUUCUGAUGAAGUUACAUUCAAACUAACUGCUAUAUCUUGCAAACUGGAGGAAGAUGAUCUGGCGGAGAGCGCUGUGAAAGAGAUGCUGGAGUCUGCGGUCCAAAUGCUAUGGGACAAUGCGCUCAAUUACCGGGUCGUGCCUUGAGCUCCGGUUAUGCAGACAAUAUUUCUUCCUUGAAGAUGCAAAGCGACAUGAUUUCUUUGAGCCCCUCCUGUCCUGUAUAUACAUCUGCGAUGGUGAGACUCAAGUUGUACUUCAAGUGUGGCAACAAUUACUAGUACUAAACAAGAGAACUCCUAGACACAACUGACGCUGGGGCUGCCCACGCACGCCAUCAAAAAAAAAAAGUAGCGUUCGGUUAGCUUGGCUGGUUCCCGGUCAUUCGGUCCCACGUAGUUAGGUUGUCGAGUUCUGAUUGAGUCCUGAAAAAAGUCGCGGAUGGAGUCGUCCUGGAAAAUAUCCCCAUCCUCAUCCUCGCCCUUCUGCCCGAACUCAACCGCAAUGUACGAUCGCACCUCCCCGCUCUCACUUUGCAAGGACACCACCUCGGUCCAUAAACAACUUGUCCAAAGUAAUAAGCGGACGUGCCAAAGCGACACACAGUUCUUCCAUGCAAGCAACCAGCCAAGAUGCCGAGGCAGCCAUCCCAUCCAAAUCAACACAACACUCGGCCUUUUGGUACCAUCAACAAUCUCCAAGAGGAACAAAACCAGCCAACCGAACAAGGCAGAGCAUUACACCUUCGAGCAAGGCAACCAAGGGGGCAGAGAAGGUCGAGGCUUCCACAGAGGGAAUACAUGCGUGAAAAAGGUCAUGGCUGGGGCAUGACAUACUGUUUUGUAUACGACAAAAAACACGAAGCAUGUAACUACAGAAUGCAGUUACAACAAACUAGUGCAAGAGUUGGAAGAAAUCAUAUGACACACAUUGAA